ACUGCAGCAUGAGCUUCAAGACGGCGAAUCACCUGAAGAUACACCGGCAGGUGCACACGGGCGAGAAGCCCUAUGGCUGCUCCACCUGCGACAUGAGCUUUGUCCAGUUGUCGGGGCUAAGGCAGCACCUGCUGGUGCACAGCAGUGAGCGGCCCUUCACCUGCUCCGACAGCGGCAAAGGCUUCAAGUCGUCCAAUCACCUGAAGAGGCACAGGCGCCUGCACGCCCGCGAGCGCCCCUACACCUGCAGUGACUGCGGCAAAGGCUUCACCCAGUCCAAAGACCUGCUGUCCCACCGGCGCCUCCACACCGGCGAGCGCCCAUACCGCUGCGACCAAUGCGGCAAGCGCUUCACCCAGUCCAGUCACCUGCUGGACCACCAGCGCACCCACACUGGGGAGCGGCCCUACACCUGCGCCCAGUGUGGCAAGGGCUUCACCCAGUCCUCUCACCUGCUGGAGCACCAGCGCACCCACACUGGGGAGCGCCCCUACACCUGCACCCAGUGCGGCAAGACCUUUACUCACUCCAGUCACCUGCUGGGGCACCAACGCACCCACACCGGCGAGCGCCCCUACACCUGCGCCCAGUGCGGCAAGGGCUUCUCCCACUCAAGCACCCUGCUGUCCCACCAGCGCACCCACACUGGGGAGUGGCCCUACACCUGCACCCAAUGCGGCAAGGGCUUCAUCUGCUCCAACAGCCUGCUGGGGCACCAGCGCACCCACACCGGGGAGCGCCCCUUCAUCUGCACCCAGUGCGGCAAGGGCUUCACCCAUUCUAGAUACCUGCUGGAGCACCAGCGCACCCACACCGGGGAGCGCCCCUUCAUCUGCACCCAGUGCGGCAAGCGCUUCACCCGGUCCAGCAACCUGCUGGCGCACCAGCGCACCCACACCGGGGAGCGGCCCUACACCUGCACCCAGUGCGGCAAGGGCUUCACCCGUUCUAGUCACCUGCUGGAGCACCAGCGCACCCACACCGGCGAGCGCCCAUUCACCUGCACCCAGUGCGGCAAGGGCUUCAACCAGCCAAGCACCCUGCUGGUGCACCAGCACACCCACACUGGCGAGCGCCCCUACACCUGCGUCCAGUGCGGCAAGGGCUUCACCAGCUCCUCCAAGCUGCUGUCCCACCAGCGGGUGCACUCCGGCGACCGUCCCGUCCCCAGCCCGGUGUGUGGAGAAAGCUUUGCCAUGGCCUCCCACGCCCUGUCUCACCAGCGCGUGCACACCAGUGGUCAGCCCUACGACUGUCCGUACUGCGGUGAGUCGUUUGACAGCACGCGGGGGUUGCGGCAACACCGGCGGACCCACGCCGGCGAGCAGCUGCUCCCACUGUGACAAGAGAGCACGGGGGCUGCGGGAGCACCAGUGGAUACACACCGGAGAG